AAUGUAAGACUCCUACCAAUCUCUUUAUCUCUCAAAGUUCUUCAAAGGGAAUACAAAUCUUAUCCAUGGCCAAUCACAUAAUGGGUGCCAAAGCCCAGUCCUGUAAGCCUCUUCAAAGGGGAAAGUGCACCAAAGUAGGAAGGAAGGAAAGAGGGAGGGAGCAGGAUAGAUUGUGGGGAUACAUGCGUAACCCAUCGCGCUUUUCCUUUUUCGCUUCCGUUGUGUCCCUUUUUCUUCCUUCGGAACUCUCUUUCCGACCCUGUUAGAUUUGGUGGAUUGUUCCUAGAUUCAACACUUGAAUAUUUUAUCAAGAAUCUUGCAGAAAUCAAAUUUGUUGGCCGAUCUAGCCCGACAUCUACUGAAAGUCUAUAAAAGUUUCUGCCUAAAUUCUAGCAUGCAGGCUUAUUAGUCUACAAGAAAAAAACACCAGAAAUAUGUUUUGUUUUAUAAAAAAAAAUUAAUUGGAUUCAGAUGUCGGGCUGAUUAAUAGGCUUCUUGUUCAUGAAUCCAACUGAAAAUAUAGCUCAAGUCCUGCUGGAUUAACUAAGACAACCGGUACCCGUCGGAGACUGACCUACGAAAUCGUCUUGCCCAUUGAACCUAAUCAGGGGAGCGCGGUUGUGCUGCCUUUACGCCCGUCAAACAUCAUUCCCAGCGUCUCGGCCGCUGCCCCUCUCCGCCUCCGCCUCGGCGUAGUCCCCAAACCCUCCUCUCGGUCCGCCGCCCACCAUCUCUGUCUCAACCCCUUGUUGCGCCCCGCUCGGCCGCCUCGCCUCCUCUAGCCGGGCCCCGCCUGUUCCGCUGCAUCUAUCCACUGCCUUUUGCCGCCUGUACGCGUUCAAGGCGUCCAGAAGCGGUUCGAAGAAAUGCUUUAGAGAGAGGUACCACAUCAACGGAGCACCACCGCCUUCCGCUCCGUGCCUCGUCAGUGACUGUACUGCUAGUCGUCUGCAAAGAGUGGUGACCGUGAUCUGGCAAAGGCCUACUCCGUAUCAUCGGGUCAGGGCAAUGCUUCGGCUCUUCUUCUCGAGAGCUGCCCAACGGCAGAAUCCAUUGCGCUUUCUGAAUCCCCCACAUAGGGGGAUGCACAGCAGGAACAAGAAGGCGAUGGAGUUGGUGGCAAAGGGCUGGAGCGCUCUGCAGGAAGUGGAUCGUGUAAUCGACUAUGCUGAACUCAAUGACCCGCGUCUCAUCCCUCUUCUCCGAAGUGCAAAGGAGAACUUUGAGCUGGCUUUGGAGGUAGACAACAUGAAUACUCAUGCAAGAUACUGGCUGGCUAGAAUGCAUUUCAAAUAUCAUGUCCCUGGGGCUUGCAAAGCCAUCGGGGCUGCGUUACUUGUGGAAGCUGCGAACAUGGGUGAUCCAGAUGCACAGUAUGAACUUGGAUGUCGUCUACGAGUUGAGGAUGACCCUUAUCAGUCAGAUCAACAGGCUUUCUAUUAUUUGGAGAAGGCUGUUGACCAGUUGCAUCCAGGCGCUUUAUAUCUUCUAGGUGCUGUAUAUUUGGCUGGGGACUGUGUGAAGAAAGAUGUUGCUUCCGCAAUGUGGUGUUUCCAUAGAUCAUCAGAAAAGGGCCAUGCUGGAGCAGCGAUUGCAUAUGGGUCACUUCUUCUAAAAGGUGUUAAAGUCCCAGAAGUUAUCACUAGAUUUAACUCGGGUAGGAGCCCCUCUACUGGGGGGAUGAGGAAGAAAGGGGAGAGCCUUCGCCAGGACCCAGUUGAAUUGGCCAAAGAGCAUUUUCAGAUUGCAGCUGAUGCAGGGUGUGACCUUGGUUUGCAGUGGUUGAAAAGGCUCAGCGUCUCAGAUGGUGAGAAACUUCAGCUACAGGAGGCGACCCAGUGACGGGCUUGUGUAUCUGUGUGGAUACCAUAAUAUGGUCAAAGUUUGAUGCUGCAGCCAUGACAAAGUGUGAGACAACGUUGUCAUGCACCUUGCAGCACUUGAACCAGGAUCAGUUGACCAUACCCAUUGAUUUCCAUUUGAAUGCCGAACUUAUUUUGUGAUGCUCUGAAUUCUGCUGCUACAUGUGGUCAUGACUUCUUUGUCUGGAUUCUUAUUUAAGCUUGUCCAGUAAGGUUAUAUUUUGUUGUUGAAGAAAUCCAGGCAGUGCGAAGAUAUAAUUUGACUUCCUGGAAUUGUCAUAUUUCUAUC